AUGAUGCAUAAUUCCGUCAAUGACAACGGCUCGAACAUUUCAGAACUACUCCAACCGCUCUGUGUCACCUACAACCACACCACUUUCCCACCUCUGCGACUGGAAUCCAAAUCCCUGGUCACUUCAGCCACUAUGUUCGCCGUUGGAGUCCUGGGGAACCUCAUAGCCAUUGUUGUGUUGUGCAUUUCAAAGAAAGAGCAGAAGGAGACCACUUUCUAUACGCUGGUUGUUGGAAUGGCUAUCACGGACCUGUUGGGGACCUGUUCCACCAGCCCGGUGGUUAUCGCCACCUACAUAGCCCAGAGGUGGCCCGGCGGAGAACUACUGUGCGAUUUAUUCUCCUUCUCUAUGCUCUUUUUCGGCUCGGCUGGAAUGUCCAUCCUGUGCGCAAUGGCAGUUGAACGAUACCUGGCCAUAAACUACGCAUACUUUUACACUCAAUACAUUGACCGGACAAUGGCGCGUUUCGCGCUCAUGGGUAUUUACCUGGCCAACAUUGUGUUGUGCAUCAUGCCCAGCUUUGGGUUCGGGAAGCACAUGCGCCACUUUCCGGGCACUUGGUGUUUCUUGGACUGGAGGGCGACGGAUCCCCUCGCCGCCUCGUACUCGUUUCUUUACGGUGGGUUCAUGUUGCUGUUGAUUGCGUUGACAGUUCUGUGCAACUUCGCAGUGUGUCUGUCACUUGUGGGGAUGAGCCAGAAGACGCGGAUAGUGAGAGUGAAGGUGUCCGCGCAAGGUGGCUCACGGCGCGGGUUCCUGCCCUCCGUCACCAGCGUGUCCGCGGCUGAGAUCCAAAUGUUCUGGCUGCUAAUAUUUAUGACCAUCGUUUUCCUGGUGUGCUCCAUUCCUUUAGUGGUAAGUAAAAGGCAUCUAUGGAAAUUUCAUUUAAGCUAUUGUGCAUGCAUUAUGUCUUGGGCAUGAGUUUCAAAUAUGGACAAAGCUAUGCAACACAGACCUAAAUGAAUAAAAUAUUGCUGAAAAAUUGUUUGCUUUAUCCACAUAUACUACUUUUAUAUAUUCUCUCAAUCUGACAGGUGCGCAUCUUUGUAAACCAGCUGUACGGGCCUGCCUACAUCUGUGCUGGAGUGAAACCGGAUUACCACAGUGAUCUGAUGGCCAUCCGCUUCGCCUCAUUCAACCCUAUUCUGGACCCCUGGGUCUACAUCCUUUGUCGGAAGAACCUGUUGGUCAAGGGCUAUGGGAGGAUAAAGAAGACAGUUGGAAAAGUCAAGGCGGAGCCCGGGCGUCAUUUAGGCUGUGUUGGCAUUGGCAGUCAACAGUCACACCCGUCAUUUGAAUACAGCAAUGAGACCAGUGAUGUGUCAUUACGCACAACCAACUACAGAAAUGACUUGGAGAACCAGGUUACCACCAAAAGUAAAUCGUUUACAGACUUUACCAUGCGACAAGCCUGGGAAUUUGACAUGGCGCGGGACAACUUUCAUCCGUUUAGUGUCGACCAAACUGCCGUGCUCAGCUUCCAGGCGGAACUUGCUGUGGUGUCCAAACCGGCCAUAAUGGCGUCACUGCUCGGAGGCAGUAAGGCGCUUCCGGCGAAGUGCUCACCAGCAGGUGUCCGUAGCCAUGUCAGUAAAGUGGACAUAGUCACCUGUACCUUCAGCACACCUAGCUCCUGUCAGUCGGAGAAGUGCCUCUGA